UUCAAUUGUCAAAUGUUAUCGUUAAUCGUAGUUAAAUAGUGCAUUGUCCAUAAAUAAAUAUAUUGAAUUGAAUUAAUGUGUUUAAUAGUACACUGUACAUUCUAACUAUGUUUGAUACAAUAAAAAUAAUAUAUUUUUAACCUAGUCAACUGAUGUUGCACAAGCGCACUGUACAAGUUUGUAAUUGUUUGUCGUAAAAUUUUUCAAUGUGUACAUAAUAAUGAGCCGGCAAUUAACUCUGGAUCGCUUCUAUAAAAGUAGAGUUUCAAAGACUUUAAAAUUUGAAAUGGAUUCCAGUAUUAAAAAGCGAAUAACUGACAGUCCAGCAGUAGCAUCACCGAGCAAAUCACCGAAACUAAAACAGGAAAAUGAAACUGAACAUGUUAUUAAUUUGAUAAGUGAUGAUGAGGAUGAAAUUUUUAACUCAUUAAUAUCGGAAAAUGAGAAUCAAAUUGAAGAACUGUGCUCCGAUUCUUCUAACGUUACUAUUAUUUAUACUCCGCCUGAUACUAAAAGUUCACCUGCCACACCAAAAAGUACACCUAAUUCUGCAAGAAAGUACUUUUCGCCGAAUAAAAAACGUAACAUGUAUGCUAAAACUCCUUCAAAAGCAAAGAGAAAUCUAACUAACGAAUUAAAAAUGACGAAAACUGAUGACGAAGGUAAAAGUACAGAAUUUGAGCAACUCUGUACUGGAUUAGAUGAUAAAACUAUUUAUAUGGUUAAAACAAUUUAUGAAUAUUUGAAUGAUGCAGCCUUAAAACCUCUGUUGGAUCCUACUUCACAAGAUUUAUUAGUAAAAUGUUUAGAGGUAGUAAAGCCAGGAAUGCAGCUUGUCUGUAGGCUCUAUUGGCGAAAAGAGGGUUGGUACAGGGUCCACACUUUACAGAACAUUGUAUCUUCAGUUGGUGCAAUCAGUGAGAUGGAAUUUAAAGAGAUGUUAAAUUGCUUAGUUGCAAAUAAAUUAUUGGUGCCUAUUGGAAAGCUAGGUGAGGUAGAAUAUGAGAAAGAAGAUCUGCAACUAAGUGACGGUAUUGAUAUGUUGAAAGUAAAUGAGGUGAAAGCCAUUUGUAAGGAAUUGAAAUUGAAAUUUACAACCAAAGAAGAAGCUAAGCACUCGUUGGAAUUAUUCAGUCGGCAAUCCAACAUUGGUAGCUUUAUGGGACUCUCCACUAGUAGCAAUAGGAAAAGAGUUCUUAACAUGAUAAGUAUGAAAUUGGGUCCCUGUUACAAAUUAAGUGAUCUAUGUCGCAGGACAUUAAACGAGUUAUACAUUCUUAUGUAUUUAGGGAUGGAUUACAAUAUAUUGAGGGAGAAGAAACUCGAAUUGGUAAUUCUAUAUGACAAAAUAAAUAGAGAGCCUUAUCCUAUUGAUGAGGAUAUAGAUAUAGAUAAUGCUAGUGUGGUUUUCAAGAAUAGAUUGGAGUUUCAGAGGUACAUAAAAGCUAGUACAAUAUAUGAACAGUUUUUAGAAUGCACAAAUUCACAAGAUAAAUGCAGACUUGUCGAAAAAGUGUAUAACCUAUACCUAAAUAUAGAUAAAGCGGUUAUGACAAGUUACAAGUCCCUGCCUACCUGGUUGAGAAAAUUCACGCCUGCAUAUUUUUAUAUCAGCAUAAUGCAUAGUGGUAUUGUAGAUUUAAGGAAACUAUCCCAUCAAAUGGAGGGCUAUUGUGAAUUAGCGCUGGAUAUUCUGACAGAGUUGAUACAACAGAACACAUUCAAAACACACAAGAAAGCGGAAUGGUAUGCGGAGAAAGCACUCAUAUAUGAAAACUUGAUGAAGUGCCCCGAUAAAGCUGCAGAAGUGCUGAUAGAAGGUUUUAAUAUGGAUAUUCCUGAAGAGGAGAUGGACUGCAUGCGACCGCGAGCCCUCAAACUCGUAAACAGACGGACAAACAAAAUAUGCGAGGAAUUGGCGCCUAUCCUGUCGAAAUUCGCACAAAAAGAAAGCAUUUUAGAAAAGAAUAUUAAGUCGAGGCACAUAUACAAGCAACCCAUGGAGAGUUACGGUCGGGGAAAAUUAAAAUUUCAAGUGAGGUCUAGUGAUGGGACCCUAAUGGUAUUAGAGGCUGAGGAAUAUUGCAAAUAUUAUUACAUCAAUUUGGGAGAAUACACACAUGGUGGUCACUGGGAAGGUAGAAUAAUAACGACUCUAUUCUUUCUACUGUUCUGGGACAUCAUAUAUGCGAACCUGCGCGGCGUCCGCGGCGUGUUCCUGUCGCGCUACCAGAGGCACCCGCUAGAUAUGUUCGACGACUUCUACGAGAAUAGGAAGUGUCUGAUAGAAGAGCGGCUGAAGGAGAUAGAGAAUGCAAGCGAAGAGGAGAUCGUUGAAAGAAUGAAGCGGGUUUGGGACGCAAGGCCGGAGGGCGAGCAGUCGGGCAUCGUGCGCGCGGUGGGGUGGGCGGGCGUGCGCGGCGCGGCGCGGGGGCUGCGCGCGCGCGGGCUGGCGGCGCUGUGCGCGCGCCUCGCCGCCCGCUACCGGCACGCGCGCGCCGCCUUCCCCGACCUCACGCUGUGGAACGAGGACACCGGGGAGGUAAUAUUUGUGGAGGUGAAAACGGACUCAGACAAACCGUCAUUGAAACAGUUACAAUGGAUGAGCUACCUCCGGGAGAACGGAAUUAACACUGAGAUCUGCUAUGUUGGCGUCAACACCACGAGGUGCAAGGCGAGGAAUACGGAAAAUGUAUAGACAUUAUUGUUGUUGUUAUAUAUAGUAUCGUACAUAGUCAUUGUACACAAAUGACUGAAUUAAAAAAAAAUAUUGAAGACAAAAAAAAUAUUUCGUAAGGUUGAUUAGUUUUAUAUUUUGGAGUACAAUAAAUUAAUUAAAAAAUAAUGUUUCCUAUAAAAGAUCUAUUUUACGUUUUAUUUCAUAAGAUCUUUGUGUACAGGUCGAUCUCGCACUCGUUAAGUUAGUUAAUAGAAAAGAUAAUGAAAUUAUUUGAUAAGUUUAAUAGUUUUAAAUAUAAUAUAUAACAAAAUGCAAUAUCGCACACUUAUCUAUUGAGUAUAAAAUUUUUUUUGGUGUAUGCAAGAUCUGCCUUAAAAUUUGAAUAUAUUUCAGUAUACUGAAGUAAAUAUUUUUUUUAGACUAGAUUAAGUAUAAUGGAAAUGUUGAUUUAUUUUUGUAAGAGAUGUCUAUGAUACGUUUUAUUAAAA